AUGCACGAGGCUGCAAGUCCUCAAUGUGUAUAUUCCAUUCGCAAGUUUUCGUUGGACAGCAUUAAUAAGUUAUUGCAGCACGACAAUAUAUCAGCUGACUACAUGGACGUUUUGAAUUUAGUACUCCAGAAAAUGCAAGUGUAUUCUAACCAUUUAGAGAAAACGAUGGACGAAGUGCUGUGCGAUACAUCUACAACCACUAUCUCGUUGACAUUUGUACCUUUUCAUAUGUCGUACCUUGACCUGCUAUGCACUUGCAUAACGAGGACACAUUGUGUAUUCAAGCAGUCACUCGACUAUACUGAACUGAUUAUUAACUCACAAGAAAGUUCAGACGCGAGCAUAUUUGAUUAUCUACGCAAUUGCACUAUCAAGUCUGCUCGAGGAAUACUCAUGACUGCAAAGCACCUGCUGGGUCGCACAGAAUUUAUUAAGGAGGACAACCUCAGCCGAGAAAUAACUAAUUGGUUAAGAAAAGCUCACUCGACGCUGGAAAAGUAUCUUAUAUUUCUUUUGGAGUAUACCCUAAAUAUCGGUACCAUUAAGGAUGAUCGAAGACCGUCAUUAUAUCAUGAUAUUGCCAAUGCGGAUAUUGCUGCUGCCGACUUUCAAUGGUACAAUCUUUUAUGGAAGUACUUUGUCAAAUUAUCUGUUCAAUGCGAUUGCCAAUACUUUCAGGAAGCGAUAACGCUGUCCCCUGUAUUACGCAGUUUAUGUCGUGAACUACACAAAAAUCAUGGGAAACUAUUGUCAUCUUUAGCUGGUGUAGACAUAGCAAAUAAUGACAUAGGAAGCAACAAACAGCUAGGACGACAGUUGGCUAUCGUUAGAUUUUAUGUGGCCCAUCUGCUCGAUAUAGCCAAAUGCUACGCAAAGUUUAUUGUAAAAGAUGAGGAACGAAUGGGAGAACUCUGGAGAUGUUUAAUUUACAUCAGAAGCAAACUGCCACCGGAAAACUAUACACGGUUUCAAUUGUCAACGCAAGCAAUGCGUAUUUUGCACGAUCGAAUCGUUCCUGGGAUAAACAAUGUCUUUCUGGCUCUAGUGAAUAGCCUGAAAGAAGAACAUCUGUGUAUAAAAGCUAUUUGUAGCUUUAUUAACUAUACAAUUACUGUGGAUGAAUCUUCCACUGCGGCUUCGAUAGGGGAAGUGGAAAUUAUGUACGCCAAGAUACAGUACCUACAGACAAUACUACGGAAUUUCUUUGGCUAUCCAAUCCAGAUUCAAACUCGCCUUGUGUCAGAACCAACGAAUAGUGAAACAGGGACACAAAAUUGUUUUUUGCUAAGAACUUUCUUUAAACUUGUAGAUGAUUAUUUCCUUGAAUGCGUUACUACAUCAGGGAAUCCAAAGUUUAAUGAUUACUCCGAACUAUCAGAUUCGAUAGACGAAAACACUCGCCCAGUCAAUGACGCGCUGUACGUUCAAAUAGUUGUAACCAUAACUGUGUUGGGAAACAUUCUGUCACCGACGCUAUUUGUUGUUUGGGAAAUAAGGCUGUUGGAAGCGUUACUACUGUCAAGAAGUCAUCUUCUGUGUGGGAUAAUCUUUGAUUGUUGGUGUUGUGUUGCUAGAUCUUUGAAUUCAACAGAGCUAGAUAACCAAAUUCAAUUUCUGAUAGAUUUGCUUUCACAUCUAGCAAUCCACUCUCGUCCUCACCGAAGAUUGCGAAGACUUAUCAAUCGCUUAACUUAUUACCUGUCACCGGAAAAUCAGUUGAAUAUCGCCGAUAAGUACGCCAUGAAAUGCCUGAGUAGAUAUUGUACAGCAAUUAUUGAAAAUGAUGCAGAUAUAGAUAAAAAGAAACUGCUUAGCGCGUGUGCGGACGCGUGGAAGUUUUUGAAUCGAUUGAUGGACGAAGAGACAUCAUCACUUUAUGAUGUCUUAUUUUCGAUAGCAGAAGUCAUCCAUCUCGUAAGACAUAUUACGAAAAAUAGAGAAGUUGAAUCUGGAAUCAAAACUAGACUCAUCGACCUGGCCACAGGGACUUUGCGAAAGAUUGUGGGAUUUGCUGUUUCUGAAAACAUCGCAAAGAUAUCAAAGAUGAACUUAGAGCGACUUGUCCUUAGUCUCGAGGCAUCCUUAGCAUUGCUAACAAGCCUCCAGCCACUGUCUGCGACGGAUAGUAUGCACACAUUGGAUUCGAUAGCUAGAUGGCUCUCUUCAAAUUCGUUUUUUGCGGGCUGUGUAUGCCUGAUGCCUGUUUGCGGCUUCAUAGGUAAAUGUGCAGCCUUAGAACUUGGUGAAGACAAUAAGAUGGCUACAUUUAAUGCGUUUGCAUUCAUCUGUAACAAGCUAUUACGUAAUAGUCAUUGGGUAGUUCAGCACGAGUCAAUCGCACAAACAGUCUAUUUUGUACAGCAUACUCAUCAUCCAGAAGUUAUACGAACUAUAGUGCCACAGGAAUAUCAGGAGCUUAUCAUGAAAUUUACCAAAAACAUGGCCACCAAUUAUUCUAUUAAUAAUAACAUCAAACUAGAAGCAAGUCCACGGAUUGCUGCAUUUGGAGGGAACAACAGACGAUCGCGCACCGUGAGGCUGCAUAGUAUUUCUCACGAGAGCAUGCUAUCAUUACCCAGUCAAUCGAUGAUGACACGAUCCGCGCCAUCCCUUCCGACGGAUGACUUGAUUGUCAGCAUUCGCAAAGUCCGACAAUAUAUACAGAAAUGCAAUCUGGUGGAGAGUGCAAUGGAAUUCAGUUCCGAGUUUAUGACAGUUCUCACAGACCUAAAUACGGAGUUGAUGCAGUUUUUUCAAAAACACAAUCACAUUGAGACUUGA